UCUCUCUCUCUCUCUCUCUCUCUCCCCCCUCUCUGUCCAGUCCUCAUCCUCUGCUGCUGCUGGUCAGUCAACAACAGAAACAUCUCUGAGACGGGCUUACAGGGAGAGAGAGAGAGCGUCCUGCAGUUCUGAGCAGGAGAGAAAAUCCAUAGAGAGAGGAUCCACCUGUCCAGAGACCAUACUCUGAUCAGCUACAGAGAGGCCAGCAGUCCUUCAUCAUCAUCAUCAUCAUCAUCAUCAUCAUCAUCAUCGUUUCUACGGCCCUUUUUAUCCCACACAUCCUGAGGAGGAUCUGUACCACCGGUCCAACCAGGUCAUGUCUCCCUCCCUCCUCCUUGUCCUCCUCCUGGCUGCUCCCGCCGUCAUGAUCCCCUCCACGUCCCGGGAGUUAGAGGUCAGGGGUCAAAGGACACCCAGGGACACCAAGCAGGACUCCAUCAAGGUGCUGGUCUCUGAGGGCUGUGCUACUCAGGGAGAUUCCUCCAACAUCCAGGGAGGGAAAGAGAUCGACCUGACCCCCGACUCCCCUCUGGUCCUCACCCAUAAGAUCAAGCUGGUCCCAUCUGGGUCAGGGUCAGGGUCCUGUGGUUGUGAGGCAGACUUUGCUGCCCUCAGGGAGCGUCUGGAGCGUCUGGAGAGGGAGGUGUCAUCUCUGAGGGAGAAAUGUGGAGGAGCUGAGGGAGGCUGCUGCACCUCCAAGGAGAGCAAAGGCCCAGGUUGCACCAUUAAACCAGGAGAUGGUGACUGUCCCAACGAGUGCAGCGAUCAGGGCCGCUGCGAGAACGGAAAGUGCGUCUGCUUCCCUGGAUUCAGCGGACUGGACUGCAGCCAGUCCAACUGUCCCGGAAACUGUAACAACAAAGGGAGGUGUGUCAACGGACAUUGUGUGUGUGAUCCUGGUUUCACCGGACCAGACUGCUCCCAGGGAGGCUGCCCGGACAACUGCAACAACAGAGGGCGCUGUGUCAAAGGCCAGUGUGUGUGCAACCCUGGGUUCGCCCCGCCUGACUGCUCCAAACGGGCGUGUCCGGGUAACUGCAACAACAGAGGGCGCUGUGUGAACGGUAAAUGUGUCUGUGAGAGCGGUUACUCCGGGGCUGACUGCUCUCAGUCUGCAUGCCCUGGAAACUGCAACAACAGGGGGCGCUGUGUGGACGGAGAGUGCGUCUGCGAUGAGGGGUACGGCAGCGCUGAUUGCUCUGAGAUAAUCUGCCCUAACGACUGCUUCGACCGGGGGAGGUGCGUCAAUGGUCAGUGCUUCUGUGACGAAGGAUUCACGGGGGAAGACUGCUCUGAGACCACCUGCCCAGGAAACUGCAACAACAGGGGGCGCUGUGUCAAAGGACGCUGUGUUUGUGACGAAGGCUCAACUGGUGAAGACUGCUCAGAGGAUUCCUGCCCAGGAAACUGCAACAACAGGGGGCGCUGUGUCAAAGGACGCUGUGUUUGUGACGAAGGCUCAACUGGUGAAGACUGCUCAGAGGAUUCCUGCCCAGGAAACUGCAACAACAGGGGGCGCUGUGUCAACGGACGCUGUGUUUGUGACGAAGGCUCCACAGGUGAAGACUGCUUGGAGGAUUCCUGUCCAGGAAACUGCAACAACAGGGGGCGCUGUGUCAACGGACGCUGUGUUUGUGACGAAGGAUCAACCAGUGAAGACUGCUCGGAGGAUUCCUGCCCUGGAAACUGCAACAACAGGGGGCGCUGUGUCAACGGACGCUGUGUUUGUGACGAAGGAUCAACCGGUGAAGACUGCUCGGAGGAUUCCUGCCCUGGAAACUGCAACAACAGGGGGCGCUGUGUCAACGGUCAGUGUGUGUGUGAUAAUGGCUUUACCGGUGAAGACUGCUCAGAGAAAGCCUGCCCCAACAACUGCAGCAACCGAGGGAAGUGUGUGAACGGGAAAUGUGUCUGCAAUGUCGGCUUCGCCGGGCCAGACUGCAGCGCCAAAGGCUGCCCGAAUAACUGCAGCAACAAAGGACGCUGCGUCAAAGGGAAGUGUGUCUGCAGGCGAGGGUUCACAGGACCAGACUGCAGCCAGUGUGAGGAGGGGAAGACUGGACCAAACUGUGACAGGGUCAUGUCUGCUGUCCCUCAGCUGAGCACUCGUGAUGUCACAGAGUCAUCCGUCACUCUGCUUUGGACUCCGCCCCCCAUCCAGUAUGAGACCUACCACAUCACCUUCACCAGCCAGAAAGAGAGCGACCAGCAGAUUAGCGUCCAGGUGGACGGCGGCCUGAACACCUACACUCAGACGGGGCUGGCGGCAGGUCAGGAGUACACGGUCAGCAUCACCGGAGAGAUGGACGGGAGGAGAGGAGCCGAGAGCACCGCUGAAUUCAUGACGCUCAUCUCCGGGCCAUCCAACCUCCACGUCGUCAAGACGACCUCCACAUCAGCGGUCGUCCAAUGGGAGGAGUCGCAGGGCGAGAUCGACAGGUACCGUUUGACCAUCACGCCCAACGACGGAGUGGGAAGCAGCAAGGAACUCACCUUCCCGCCCGGCCAGGACUCCGCCCACAUCCAGGAGCUGGUGGCGGGGCGUUUGUACGACGUGACACUGGUGGCGGAGAAGGGGAGGAGUCAGAGUGGCCCAGCGUUCACCCAGGUUACUCCAGGGCAGACAUUCCCAAGGGAAACAACAGCCACUUUAACCUCGCAGGUCAGAAAAGCGCCAAAACAAGACGUUGGCGGCAGAGAUCGACAGUUUAACCAACCGAAGGAGAAGGGUUCUGUAAAAGUCGGUGGUAUCGCUGGAUCUCACAGAGACUCUGUGAUUGCUCGGACAAAACCUCCACCUGGCAGAAAGAUGCCAGUAAACAGCACCCGCUCCAAACUCUCUGAAAGGCCCACAUUGUCCAAGAAGCCAAAAGUGGCCGGGCCGCUCCGUUUCAACACCACCAGAGCUGUGCCCGGAGGAAGAAAGGCUGGCCCAGGACCUCUGAAAAAGGCCCCACCAACCACUGCCAAGAGUACUAAAGCAGCCAAGCCUGGUAUCGGGGACAGGGACUCAGCUUUGAAUGGGACAGACCCGAGAGCAGAGGCAUCAAACACUGACAAGGCAGAUCCCAGAGACCCAGCUCUGAUAUCUGGGACUGAUCCAGACACAGAGACACAAAGUGGCUCACAGGAACCGGCUCUUACUGCUGGCCACGGUGAGAAACCAGAUGUUGGCAGAGAAGACAGAGGAAACGAGACUGCCUCAGUGUCUUCAGAGCCAACCGGGACCGGUCAAAGCCAAGAGAAGAAAUGUAUGAACAAAAUUAAAGUGACGCACAUCAGAUUCCCCAUUAAGGACCGAGGGAGCGGGUGUAAAGGGGGCGGGCAGACGCCAGGCUUCUCUGAAGUAGAUGCUACUCCUGACCUGGAUUAUUCACCAGAUCCUUUACACAAGCUCCUGACGGACACUCUUGACGGUCUGAACAUCACCACCUUUUCUGUCCACCUCUCCAAAGCCUCAGACCUCUCUGUGGAUGCAGAAGCAGUGAGAGAGAGGAUCAUAGGUGGACUUCAGCCCCUGUCAGCAUUCAGGUCCUCUUCAUCGCCACAUUCAUCCUCUCCAUCCCCUCCUUUAGCAUCCUCAGCAGAGCCUUCAUCACUGAUGGAUCUAAAUCCACGACCCUCACCAUCAUCACCCACACCAUCACCUUCAUCAUCAUCUUCCAGUUCAGAGAAAUCUGAAUCCUCUGAGAGCAAUGAGCCUGACUUUGACAACAGCAAACGUCCAAUCAGUGCCGCAUCAUCUGAAGACAGAAGACAGCCAACCACGGGAAACGCCGGCUUACCUUUCUACCGUCGAACGCCAACCAAACCUGGAUAUGGGCAUCGCCAGUUUCAGAACAACACCCGUCUAAAUGUUAGAGUUCCCCCACUUCCUCCUCAACGUUUGAAUCCAGUCCCCAGAGGAGAUUCAGAGACCCCGGAUAGUGCACCCUCAGGUGGAUUACUGUCGACGCCAGCUCCGCCUGCCUCAGUGGAGCGAGAUGCACCAACAGAUGGAGACAGAGACGCGCUGACCACCCAGCUACCCUCUGGAGCCGGACAGGACGAGAGAAGGAGAAUCCCCCUUCGCCGUGUUCCUCCGAAAAGAGGAUACCCACAUCACUCUUUUGCACCCCCCUACAACAGAACCCGUCCAAAUACGAGGCUGCUUCCUCCCCGGGUUCCACCUGUAGAUCCUGCACCAGACAGACGGCAGGGGCCGCCAUCUUCCGCUGAAACUCCCGCCACUUCAUCUCCUGUCUCCAAAGACUCCCAUCCAGCUGAAGGGACAGAGCCAAGGGAGGACAACAGAGACAGGGCAAAAAUGCUCACAGUGAAGUUCAAUCAGACCCACAGAGGAAGAGGAAGGGAUGGCUGGUCUUCCCAUCGGCCGGUGAAAGUGGGCCAACGCCUGACGUAUGGUGGAUAUUUCCAAAAUAAAACCCAACAAAGUCGACAGCCUCACUAUCCUUACAGAGGUCCAUGGCGAAAGCCCAUACCAAUAAGAGAGCAAGAUAGGAGCAGCGACGUCCCAGCUGAAAGCCACACCAACCUUUUAGAAGAGGACAGCACCCAUAAAACCUCAGAGAAGCAACUGGAAGGACAGGAUAGCCAAACACCUGUCCAAGAAGUCCAAACAGCAGAGCAGCAGACAGCAGGAGAGGUUCCAAACACCAACACGAAUGAGCCUGACACCACUGAAAGACCAGAAACUGACCAAUCAGAAGCCGAUGAUCCAAUCCAAGCUGCCAAACCAAGCGAAGAAGAGCCAAUACAAGGGGAAGACAGCGACAGAGCUGGGACCAAAAUGUUCACAACCAAUGAGUUCAAUCAGACCCACAGAGGAAGAGGAAGGGCUGGGUUUUCUUCCCAGCGCCCGAUGAAAGUUGGCCAGCUCCAUCGCCCCAUGUAUCGUGGAUUUCCUGGAAACGUAUCCCAAACUCACCCGAGACAGCCUCACUAUCCUUACAGAGGUCCGUGGCGAAAGCCUGUACCACCAAGAGAGCUAGAUAGUUCUCAUGAAAUCUCAGACCACCAACCAGAUGGACAGGAGAACCCCGUUCCUACCCAAGCUACAGGAGAACCACACACAACAGCAGUGAUUCCUAGUGCCGAUACGAAUGAGCAUGACACCACUGACGGUCCCGAAACCGACAAAUCAGAAGGCAGAGCCAGUGAUCCAAUCCAAACCGCCAAAACAAGGGAAGAAGAGCCAAUAGGAGAGGAGAGUAAAGACAGAACUGGGACAGAAGUAUCCACAACAAGCACAACCAACAAGCCCUUUUCCCGUCGUCCAACAAAGGCUGGCCACUUCCGUCGCCCGAUGUUUGGUGGCCGUUUCCCAAACAAAACCCAAACAUCUCUGAGACCAUCUCUGAGACCAUCUCUGCACCCUUAUAGAGGUCCCUUACCGAGGCCUGUCCCAGAUGGUGGCAGCAGCAUCAGAUCAGGGGUCCAAACCAACCUUUUAGACGAGGAAAGCAGCCAUGAAAUCCCUGAUAACCUACCGGCGGGGUGGGCUGUCACCAGCUCUCCCCAAGGAGUCCAAAAUACACUAACAGGAGGAGAAGACACCACCGAGGUAAAUCCAAGGACCCAUUCACAGGAGCCUGGCACUCCUGACAAACCAGAACCUCACAAAUUAGAAGAAGGACCCACCACUUCAGUCCAGACCGCUAAACCUGGGGGAGGAGAAGCUAGCCUCCAAGACUUGAACCCCAGCACACAUAAAGAGAGGGUAGAUCCUGGCAGACCCAGUCAAGGUAGACCAACAGUCAAAAGACCGGGUUCAACAGAUUUGGGACAUAGGGGACAAAGACCAGUUCCAAAGAGACCACCAGCAAGACAUCCAACACAAAACCAAGGCCUGAAGCAUCACCUCAGUCAGGGGGAACGAAGAGAGAAUAUGAAAACAAAUCACACAACCAGAAGAGGACUGGCCAGUAAACCUGAACAGACAGGAAGUAAAACUCCAGCAGGGUCAAAUGUCCCUCCUACCGGGGUCACAAGGGAACCGCUGGACCAUGUGGGAGUCACAAACCGGACAUCAGAUGGAUUCCAGCUGGUGUGGGACUCACCUGAAGGAAAGUACAGAAACUUUGUUCUAACCAGAAACAGAGUUAAAGAUGCACGAGCAAAGAAAGACCAGGAAGAAGACCAGACCAAAGCAGGGUCCAAAAGUGGACCGCGGGAAGAUGAAAACAAAGUACCUGAGAGCGUCGGGACCACAACCAAACCCUCCACAGGAAGUGAGCAAACCUUCAAACAAGUCCUUCCUGGCUCGGCUCGCUCCUUCCAGUUUGAGAACCUGCCCCCUCAGACCGAGUACACCGUGACGUUGCUUGGGAAGGGUCCUGGCAUCCUGUCCAGACUGCACAAGCUCGUCAUCAGUACAGGCCCGGAGCCUCCCACUGACAUAGUGUUCAGUGAGUUGACCGAUAACUCUCUGACUGUGUCGUGGACCAAACCAAAGACUGCUGUCAGUGGCUUCAAGGUCACCUACACUCACACGGAGGAAGGAGAGCCGGUGUCGGUGUCUGUGGACUCAAAUGAUUCUUCUUUAGGCCUUUCGAAACUCUCGCCUGGUUCUACCUACGAGGUCAGCAUCAUCUCUGUGCUUGGACUGGACGAGAGCGAUCCACUACAGGACUCUGUCAUGACUCUCCCUGACCCCCCUACAGACCUCCGAGCUGUAAACAUCACAGACACCAACGCCCUGUUACUAUGGCGACCUGCACUGGCUGCUGUUGAUACAUACGCCAUCGUCUACGGCUCUGGGACAGACUCAGAGGUGAGGAUCUCGGUGUCUGGGAAUGCAGCAGAGCAGCAGCUGAGCGGUCUAGAAGCAUCCACCACCUACACCGUCACCAUAACCAGCCAGCUAGGCAGCAAGGAGAGCGCCCCGGCAACCACCACCUUCACCACCACCGCCAGGGGUUCUGGUGGAGAUGGAGACGGACCACGAGACCUCCAGGCCAGCAACGUGACCCCUCGCACAGCUCUGUUGUCAUGGAAACCACCCUCCAAUCCUGUUGGCAGUUACCGACUCACCUAUCAGAACGAAGACCAGGAAAUGAAGGAGCUGAUUGUGGAUGGAUCAGUCAGUCAGUACGACCUGAGCAGACUUCACCCUGGGUCCAAGUACACGGUGCAGCUGCAGGCCGAGCAGGGAGGACGCUACUCUACAACCAUCUCCACCGAGUUCACUACAGGAACCCUGCGGUUCCCAUUCCCUACUGACUGCACUCAGGAGCUGCUGAACGGCAUCACAACAUCAGGAGAGGUGGAGAUCUUCCCCACGGGGAAACUGGGACCAUCACUGAUGGUCUACUGUGACAUGGAGACAGACGGAGGAGGCUGGAUGGUGUUCCAGAGGAGGAAGGACGGAUCGGUGGACUUCUUCAGAGGCUGGAAGGAUUACGCCAAAGGCUUCGGAGAUCUGAGCGGAGAGUUUUGGCUGGGUCUGGAGAACCUCCACAACCUGACCACCAUGACCAAGAUGAUCCUCCGGGUCGACCUGCGGGACCAGGGCGAGUCGGUGUUCGCUAAAUACACCACCUUCGAAGUGGCGAAGAGGAACUUUAAGCUGUCUGUGGGCGGGUACAGCGGCACUGCAGGCGACUCUCUGUCCUAUCACAACAACCGGCUGUUCUCCACCAAAGAUCGUGACCCCAUGCCGUUCAUCACCCGCUGCGCCAUGUCGUACCGAGGAGGAUGGUGGUACAAGAACUGCCACGAGGCCAACCUCAACGGCCUCUACGGCAUCGACGUCAAACACCAGGGAAUCAUCUGGACCACCUGGAAAGGUAAAGAGCAUUCCAUCUCAUUCACGGAGAUGAAGAUGAGGCCAGCAGCCUUCAGAGGAUGAAGAGGAGGAGGAGGAGAAGGAGGAGGAGGAGGAUGAACUGUUGAACACACGCUCAUAUAAAGAGAGUUUUUCAUGUGUAUAGCGGUCAGUUAUCAGUAUGUUACUGUAGAGUGUACAGUUUAUUAUCUUUUCCUCUCUAAAGCAGGGCUGAUCUCUUUAUUUAAAGGGCCAGUUCACCUACUUUACAGACAUCACAUACAUAUAUUUAACUAUAAAUAAGCUCUGAUAAAUGUUCACCCUCCAGGUUUAGUCUUAGAGAGCGGGUCAGAGCGGCGUCGUUCUGAAUCUAAAGAGUUAAACAUGCAGUCAAAGGAGAAUCGGUGAGAUUUCAGCCUCUGUGUGAGGAGGAGCGCUCACAGACCUUUAUUAUUCAGGGAAUAAUGUUCGAAGCUUCUGUUUUUAUUUGGAAACAUCCAAAUAUUUUCUGGUUUGGAUCAGAAAGUUCCAGAACCCAACCUAGACUCUGGUUCAGCCCUGCUUUAAAGCUCGGCAGCGCCCCCUGCUGCCCGCUCUAAGCUAUUACAGAUGCACUGCGGCCUCAGUGUUGAGAGUAUUUUUGGCCCGUCACCGUGGAAACGAGCCUCAGGUGAGUGAUGAUGGAGAGUUCUGUCUGUGAUCGUUGAGGUUCAAAUGAUCUUUAUGUUGUCUUUGUGUAAAUCUCUCCUUUUUAUUUUUUCAUGAGCUGCCUUAAAGAAUCUGAUAAUAAACGACUGAAAAGA